AUGAUGCAGUGGUGGUUGGUGAAGGCGUUUUGAGCUCUCGAAUUACGCACGCGAAGUUGGGAGCAGAGGCGCGCGGUGGAGAUCUAUACAUUUUUUCUGGUGACUUACCAAAAACAUUAAACGAAUUGUUAUUACGCAAGCUUGCAGAUUGGUGUUUGCUCGUGAAAUUAGGUGGCAAUACAUUCCUAUAUACUGCUCCGAGGAUAGGGCGCGCCACGGGAACGCGCUUUGGGUUUUCUUUAAAAUAUCAGGCAUAAGCCUAACAUUAUGAGGUGCAGCCAUGGCAGGCAAGGGUAAGACAGCGGCGAGGACGCUGGAGGAUUUAACGCUCGAUUCCGGUUAUGGUGGAGCAGCGGAUUCCUUCAGGUCGUCCAGCGUGUCGCUCUGUUGCUCGGACACGCAUCUUUCGUACGCGCAUGGGGGCAACUGCUGGCAUCUGACUGAAUCCAUGCACAGCAGACACAACAGUUUGGACACGGUCAACACCGUCCUGGCGGAAGACACGGAGAUCCUGGAGUGUUCGGGCCAGUGCGCUAAACUGCCCGAGCUGGAGGAGGACGUGCCGUGGAGUCUUGGAGAGGUGGAAGGCGCGCUGCGCAAAGACGAGGAGCUGUGCGUGGGGAACGCGUCGCGGGAGAUCCUAGCCAAGCUCUCCGCGCUGGUCAGCCGCGCGCUGGUGAGGAUCGCCCGAGAGGCUCAGCGCCUGAGCCUGCGUUACGCCAGAUGCACGAAGCACGAGAUCCAGAGCGCCAUCAAAAUGGUCCUCUCGUGGACCAUCUCCGUGAACUGCAUCACUGCGGCGCUCAGCGCGCUGUCGCUUUACAACAUGAGCACGGGUGAUAAGUUCAGCCGGGGCAAAAAUGCCAGAUGCGGACUCGUCUUCUCCGUUGGGAAGUUCUUCAGGUGGAUGGUGGAUAGCCGGGUGGCCCUGCGCAUUCACGAGCACGCGGCGAUCUACCUGUGCGCCUGUAUGGAGAGCCUGUUCAGAGAGCUGUUCAGCCGUGUGCAGAGGAGCGCGCUGGUGGAGAAGGAGAACGGAGUGCCAAAGUUUUCACUGGAGUCCCUGGAACAGGCCAUAAAUAACGAUUCGGAGCUGUGGGGUCUCUUGCAGCCGUACCAGCACCUCAUUUGUGGCAAGAACGCAAGCGCACACAUGGCACAAGACUCCCUGAGGCGGACAGAGUUUGUUGAUACUGUAACAGGAUCUCCCACUAUCCACACAGAAGGUUCUACCACUGCUGAUUAUGUACACACAGCACACAGCUACACAUCUUACUAG